AUCUCUAUUUUAAAAGGUGAAUAUAGCAAUGAGUAUGAGAUGCUCUUAUGAAAACAUUUAUGCAAGUGAAGGGAUGGUUAAAGAAAAAAAAACGGCAAGAUGACUUUUGAUUGUUUGCUUACAAGUUAAAAGCCCAAAUUUUUAUAUUUUUGAAGUUUAAAAUAUUUUUGUAAAAAAAUCUUGUGUUUUAAGGAUAACACAUUUUUUUGUGAAAGGGAUAAAACAUCUAAUAAAUAAAAAACAAGGAGCAAAAGAGAAAAAAAAAUUUCUUAAAAAAAGAGAAAAUGUUUUUUUCUUAAAAAAAGAGAAAAUAAAUUACAACAAUCGUUUGAACAUUUUUUUAUUUGACACCUUUUUUGUUUUCUUCACUUAACUGCAUUGCUUUAUUCCUGCUUUUAAUAUUAGAAAACAAACGUGACGUAUAAUCAACUGUUAGAUACCUUUUUUCACGAGAAAAUAAAUGUGUUUGAUUGCGUGUCAAUUAGUAUCUCGUUUAAGCUUCUAGAUUAAAAAGAGAAAUCAAACGAUGAGAUUAGCAACCCCUACAAACAAGUUACGGUAUACGGAUAUACUGUACUAAAAAUAGGCGAAUAUACUUUCGUACAAAAGCAAAAAGUACGAACUAAAACUACGGAGGGGCAUUUCCGUCAUCUUCUUUAUCAACUUAUUCCGGGUGGAUCCGUUAACAGACUCCGGCACAAGUGGAGUCGCAGACACGUCCGGAUCUUUGUCACUUACGAAGAACCAACACCCUUAAUCUCACGACACGUGUUCCUGACCGUCUUCGAAGUUACUAAUUUUGACACGUAGGACAACCACGUGUGCACUAUAUCCUUCCUCUUUAUAAAAACCGAACACAAAGCCUUAUCCUUUGUCUUCUUCUUCGUUCAGUUUCAGAUCAGAAAGAUUUUGUUCUGUUUUUUUUUUUUUUUCGUUUUCGAAAAUUCAGUUUUUCUUCAAAACUAAUGAUCACAAAAAGCAUAAAGCUCUAACGUUCUCGCGUCGUCGCGUAUCUCGGUGACUUUAUUACCGUAUCUAAAGACUUGAGAAUAAAGCAAUCUUUCUCCUCUUUUUUUCUUAUAUAUAUAUAUUUUGGCUCAAGUUCGAAACCAUCGUAAUGCCGUUUCACACGAAGAUCCAACCGAUCGACUUGUCGGAAGAUCUACCGACGAUGAAGCAAAUGCCGAAGUCGCGUUUGAAGCGCCUCUUCGAGCGUCAGUUCAGUAUCAAGAACGCCACCGUCGGCGAGUUCGACGCGCCGCCGCUUUCUAGAGGCAACUCCGGAGAUUUCGAGCCUAGUUCCGUCUGUUUAGCGAAGAUGGUUGUGAACUUCAUGGAGGAUAACAAGGAGGAGGAGGAGAAACAGAGGUGCGGUCGUAGCCGGUGUAGCUGCUUUACCGGGAGUGGAACAGAGAGCUCCGACGACGAAUCUGAAUGGUCGGAUGAUGUCAAGUGUUCGUCUGGUGAAGCUUGCGUGAUGCUCAAGAGUUUGGUUCUGUGUACGAGCAUUAGCGAGAGGAAUGUAAUGGCUGAUGUGAGCAAGAUUGUGGAGACAAGUAACCGUAAAGACCAAUCUUGCUUGAAGAACCUGGUCAGUGUGUUGGUGAGGUUAGGUUACGAUGCGGCUAUAUGCAAAUCUCGAUGGGAGAAGACUCCUUCCUAUCCUACAGGGGAGUAUGAGUAUGUGGAUGUUAUCAUGGAAGGCAAAAGACUGUUGAUCGAUAUUAAUUUCAAGUCCAACUUCGAGAUUGCUCGUGCGACCAAGACCUACAAGUCGAUCCUGCAAACUAUUCCUUGUAUCUUUGUAGGCAAAGCGGAUCGGUUGCAGAGGAUCAUCAUGCUUCUAUCUAAAGCGGCAAAGCAGAGUUUGAAGAAGAAAGGACUUCAUGUGCCACCGUGGAGGAGAGCUGAGUAUGUUAAAUCGAAGUGGCUGUCUACUUACGUUCGUGGAGAGGAGAAGCAGGAAACGGUAGAUAUGUUGAGUGCAUCGGGAGGUGGUUCCAUAGUCUUUGGUGUUUGAAGAUUGUGUGGAAGCUUUUGUUAUAAUGACAUAAAAAGCCUCUAAGAGAGGUGUUGUGAGAGAUAGGAGUGUUCUGAGUCCCUUAAUAGUUUUUUUGAUACUUAAGGGUAUGAACUGAUGAAUCGCAGUGUGUCUCCCCUUGUCUUUUCUUUUUUGGUGUAAGGGAGACUGUGUUCAGACUCUGUGACUCUGUCUUCGCUUUUGUGAGAUUAAUGGAUUAUAAUAAUUAACCAAUAAUUGUUGCACC